GGGAACUUCAAGGGGUUUGUUUACACAAGCGACGGUAUGGAGAUCUCCAACUUGGUAGUCAAAUGGCAGACGCUGUCCUCCCUCGAGUCCAUAUAUAAAAGUGGCGCUGCAGCAUCAGAAACUUUCCCCCUUUUCUUGCCACGCGGUCGUGAUCACCGUUGAUGUUGGAAUACCCACUUUUUCCAGCCUUCAUAACUUGCUCAAGUGUGCACAUCUCCCGUCCCCCUCGAAAUUACCGAUGCUCAUACUGCGUUUCUAAGUGGAAGGUUCCAGAAGACUCGACAAUACAGCACUGUAGGGUACCGCAGCAACAGCAACAGCACCAAGCAGCAACAAGCGCCAGUACCAGCCUCCCCCCCUCCGUACGAGGACCGAUAUCUGAACUUUGGACCGAUCGAAACUCAACUGCCAUCCUCCGUACCCAUACCCUCCGCCGCGUCCGCUUUUUCUUCUCGCCUUGUCAUUUACCAUAUUUUUUCUCUCUUCCCUUCCCCUUGAGCUCAGCACUUGCACAGCACUGCAUUGCACUGCAAUAGCACUUUGAGCGUGGCAUCCAGAUCGGCCAUCACCACCAGACAUUGCAGCAUCUUCACGUCUCGGACUCCUCUGCGCAUGGAAUUGACAGCCUGAAAGAAAAUCAGUCAAAGGAAGCUUGCAGGCUCCAUCCAGCCAACCACGGCACAUUUUCUCCGGUUCCUCCCUCACAGCGGCAACCCAGCAAGUCGGUUAUUCCCAAUAUACGUCAAAAAUCGUGAUAGUGACCGUGAUAGUGAGAGUACGGUACACAAUUCACUUUCGGACGAAUAGCGAAUAACACGCGACGACGACUUGACAGCAGUGGGGUGAACUUGCGGCGACCUAGGUAUAGUGCACUACUCAGCGGGUGUCGUUCUUAGCUCCAGGCCUACGGAAUAGCGCCCACGCCUCUGACGGUUACUCCACACCUCCCGCAGUCCCCAAUGAACUUCUUCUCCAAAUCUCCCAAAAAAUCCAAAAAGACGCCUACAGACGAAGACGAAGGUCAACCCUCUCCCGCCUCUACGUCGCAUCCACACCGACCUCGCUCGCCUCUGAAAAAGUCCGUCUCGUCAGCACGACCAGGCAAGGCUCGCGACGAGAACCUGAGCAGUGGCCGCAAGGCAGAGCAAGGAUCUCCUCGAAGCAGUCGUAGCUUCCCAAAAUCCAACAAUCCACCACGACAUCCCUUUGACCCUAAUACGACACACCCUCUGAACCUGCCGCCAGACCAACUGCGCAGAUUCUCAGCAUUAAGCGCCAUGUCAGACCAGGACAAGAUGAACGUGGAUGUGGACAGCCCACAGACGGCACCCAUUUCUCCCCCACCAAAGGCCAGCCCACCAAAGAGUACCAGUCCACCAAAAAGCAGCCCGCCCAAAGCCAGUACACCUGCACCCUCUGAACCCUCAAAGACAAAUGGAAAUGCUGGGACCACGAAUGGGGAGGGUCCAACCCCUCCUCCUCAUAGAUCCAACCCCGCCAGUCCUGUGCCCGCACCAGCUCCUGCUCCCACUCGUGAGCAAGCAGAAGAAUUCAAGAGUGCUGGCAAUAAUUUUUACAAGGCCAAGGACUACAAGAGAGCGAUUGGAGAGUACACCAAAGGUAACAUCAUCUACUGCAUGUCUUGAAAAAUUAUGGUUGGCUGACAGGAAAUUUUCACAGCGGUGGAAGCACAGCCAUUAGAGCCCACCUACCUGAGCAACCGCGCUGCGGCAUAUAUGGCAGCAGGCCACUACAUACCAGCAUUAGAAGACUGCAAUCGUGCCGAUGAAUUAGAUCCCCAGAAUAGCAAAAUCCUUCUUCGCUUAGCAAGAAUCUAUACUGCCCUCGGCCGUCCACAAGAUGCCCUCAAUACAUUCCACCGAAUGCAGCCCCCUCCAUCCGCAAAAGAUAUGGCUCCUACCAAGAGCAUGUUGCAACAUAUCAAUGUGGCCGAGGAUGCACUUGAGAAUGGGACAACUGGCUCCAUGGCUUCACACGCUCUGGACCAGGCUGAAAAAUUACUUGGGAUUGGUGCUUCAAAGCCACGCAAGUGGCAGUUGAUGAGAGGCGAAGCAUAUCUAAAGAUGGGCAAUGUGAAUGCGCUUGGCGAUGCUCAAAAUAUUGCCAUGUCUCUGUUACGAAGUAACUCGGCAGAUCCCGAGGCUCUGGUUUUGCGAGGAAGGGCACUCUAUGCUCAAGGCGACAACGACAAGGCCAUCCAGCACUUCCGCCAGGCAUUGAGCUGCGACCCGGAUUUUCGACAAGCAGUGACAUACUUAAGAAUGGUGCAAAAACUGGAUCGCAUGAAGACUGAGGGAAACGCACACUACAAAGGUGGUCGUUAUCAGGAAGCAGUUGACAAAUACACAGACGCUCUUGAUGUUGAUCCACUGAACAAAGGUACCAACUCGAAACUGCUUCAGAACAGAGCGUUGUGUCAUAUUCAGCUCAAGGAUUACAAGUCUGCCAUUGCUGACUGCGAGCGUGCUCUCCAACUGGAACCUUCUUAUACCAAAGCCAAAAAGACCAAAGCAACUGCGCUGGGUCAAUCUGGUGAUUGGGAGGCUUCUGUCCGUGUCCUUAAAGAGAUUGCCGAGCAAGACCCAUCAGAUGCAGGUAUUGCCAGGGAGGUACGCAAGGCUGAAUUGGAGUUGAAGAAGAGCUUAAGAAAAGACUAUUACAAGAUCUUGGGGGUCGACAAGGAUGCCGACGAGAAUGCGAUUAAGAAGGCCUACCGAAAAGCAGCUAUCAUCCAUCACCCAGACAAGAACCCCGAUGAUGAACAUGCUGCUGAACGUUUCAAGGAUAUUGGGGAAAGUUAUGAGACCCUGAGUGACCCUGAGUAAGUACUGAGCCACCUUUAAUCACAACUUUUGCUAACUAAGAUGAAGGAAACGUGCACGUUACGACAGCGGCGUAGAUCUGGAAGAUCCAAUGUCAGGCUUUGGAGGAGGUGGUGGAAUGGGCGGUGGCAUGAACAUCGACCCUGAGAUCCUAAUGCAAAUGUUUGGUGCACAGAUGGGAGGCGGAAGACCCGGCGGGGGUGGUGGCGGAUUCCACAGCUUUGGAGGUGGGGGGAUGCCAGGUGGUGGAGGACGACGAGGAGCUCCACAAGGGUUCCCAGGGGGUUUCCAGUUCCAAUGAGAAGCGGAGGAGGACCUAUAUUCUGAGCCUGCUGCCGCCACCGAGUCAGGAAAACCGCAUGCUUUCAGUCCAGGGGUUUUUGAUAGGGGUAAUGAUAUUUCGGAUGCGAACCUGCGGUGGCUUCGCAAGUUGGGAUGGGGGGUCCUAUUGGCUGGCGUCAUGCUGCCUUUUGAUAUCAUUGCUUUGCUGGCGGUGAUUGGGGCGGUGAUCUUGAUAUCCCUCCGGUUGUUUGUGUAUGUGCGUCGUCACGUCAAUCUUUUCUCGACAUGAUGAAUGAUGAUCGAAAUGCGAUGAUCUUUAUAGAAAAUUCUUUUGAGAUGGGGUAGGAGGGAAUUUUUGAAGGAUGUUUUCCACGAAAUCCACUCUCGCAGAUAGACAUCAAAGUUUUUCUCUCUUAUUCAUUCAUUGCUGGGCGUUUAGAUUUUGUUUUUUGUCGACCUUCAUGAUUUUGUAUCUGGGACUUUUCUUCUCGAGUCUCUCGCUCUCUCUCUUUCGUUCUGAUUCCCUUGGGGGGUUUCUUUUAGUGGGGAUCCAUGAUUGGGAGGUUGGGAUGAGAAUGAAAAGCAGAAAUAAAAAUGCCUUGUAC